AUGAAAGCCAGUCUACUCUCCGUUCUCUCUUCCUUUUCCUUGGCCUUGGCCACGGAUUCAGCCAAGUUGCUUCCAUGGUCGCCUCCAGGGCACGGCGAUGUGCGAGGCCCCUGUCCAAUGCUGAAUACCCUUGCGAAUCACGGGCUUCUACCACACAAUGGCAAAGACAUUUCUGAAGAAGAUAUUGUCGAUGUACUGGGCAACAUGCUGAAUGUUGCAGAGAGCCUUGCUGUUGCUCUGUAUAAAGAGGCCAUGACCACAGUUGAAGACCCCAACGCGACUACCUUCUCCUUGAGUGACCUUGAUCGCCCUGGUAUCCUAGAGCAUGAUGCCAGUUUGAGUCGCCAGGACCCUUACUUCGGGAAUGACCAUGAGUUCAACCAGAAAAUAUUCGACCAGACAAAAUCGUACUGGACAAGUCCUUUGAUUGAUAUUGAAGAAGCAGCCGAGGCACAUGAAGCCCGGUGGAACACUUCCAAGGCCACCAACCCUGACUUUAACAUUUCGGAGACCGGGACAGCAUUCAGUUUCGGAGAGUCUGCCGCCUACAUGCUUGCAUUUGAAGAAGACGGUAUUGGGUAUGCCAACAGAUCUUGGGUAGUAUACUUUUUUGAAAACGAGCGCCUGCCCCAAGAGCUUGGAUGGACUAAGCGUCCAUUUGUUACUACAGGCGAGAUUCUGUUCAACAUGACCCAGCGGAUUGUGAAUUCCACUGUUGGUGUCACACCAGAAGUUAUAGCCAAGCUGAAAGACUUUGCUAAAGCGAACCCCAGUUUCGCUGGGUCUUCGUAA